AUGGCUACUCGUACGAGUACAUGCGAGUCGGACUCCUCGGACAGUUCCUCGGAGGGCCCAUCUCUGUCGCGACGUGGUACUUUUGCAUCCAGGGCUACGACCGCUAACGAAAAGAAGACCCUGUGGGGUUGGAUCAAGAAAACAUGGGAGAGAACGGGCUUGGACCGACCGACCAUCUUAUUGAUGAUGAAAGGCGGUCUUGCGCCAGCGAUUGCGGUGUCAAUCUAUCAAGCUACCGAGGUGGCAGAUGAGUAUACGACUCUCGGUUACCUGAUGGCCAUUGUCUCAAUCCUAGGCUUUGCCAUCAUGCCGAGGGCCAAGUUCAUCCAAAUGAUGAUCUUUGACGUGCUGGCCGUCUGUCUUGCAUCCUGCUUUGCGCUGUUGACUAUGUACUCCAGUGUGAAAGCACGCGAACAUACAAGUACCGAAGCUACCAGCCAGUCCUACAAUUCAUCGGCAGCUGCUGUCAGUGGUGUGUGGCUGUUCUUCCAAAUUUGGCUUGUGCAUACAUUCCGUGCCAAAUACCCUCAGUUCCAAUUCCCUGUCAUCAUCUACGCCAUUUUCGCCAACGUCUCAUCCGUCUAUGCACCCCAGAUGGCCAACAUGGCAGCUGCAAUCAAACUGGUAGAACAGCUGCUAAGGACAUUCCUCACUGGUUUGGCUAUUUCCACAGUUGUCUCGCUCUUCAUCCUCCCCAUGACGUCACGCAAGGCCGUUCUUAAGCAGAUGGCAGGCUACAUUGGAGGCCUCCGCUCUGCAUUGGGAGCACACGCAAUCUAUUUUGAAACUUUAGAAAGUGACGACAUGUUCGGUCGGGCUGAAACAUACGAUGAUUCGCGCGAGAAGUUUGGCAAGAAGGGCAAAGUCUACAGUCCCGAGGCUGAGGACAUUCGGGCUGCGAUCCGGCAAAUCACAGAGCUGCAUGCAAAAUUGCAUGGAGAUCUGUCAUUUGCGAAGAGAGAAUUCGCGCUUGGUAAACUGGGUCCGGAUGAUCUCCAAUUGAUCUUUCGACACCUUCGACAGAUCAUGAUUCCCGUGGUGGGGUUGAGCUUCGUUGUGGAUAUCUUCCAGAGGUUGUCUGAUUACAACAGAUGGAAUGCGCCGCUCGACCCAAAUGCUGAAACGGUGCCUGAAGAGAUUCGUUCUCGUGCUGUGCGCGACUGGAAUGACAUUAUGCGCGCUGUGCACGAUCCUUUUGCGGAGAUGAUUCAGACCAUCGACGAGGGAUUACUACAUAGCUCGUAUGUCUUCCAGCUAUCGAAGCCGCCCAAGAAGACAGCAUCUGCAGCACCUACGAAUAGUGAAGCCGGUGAAGAGGCGAAAGAUGUGGAAGCCUCGGCGGGCAACAGCGCGCCCGGGGAGAAGGGCUUUACGGCUCAUUUUGAGAAGAAGCUCGGCGAAUUCCGAGGUGCGAAGCGUAUCGCUCUUCAGACUUGGGCCGAGGAGAAGGGAAUCAAACUGCCACCCGACUUUUUUGAUCACCCUUCCUCUGUCGGUAGUCUGAAGGGCGAUUUCUUUUCGGCGUCUGCUUCAUUCCAGGACCGCAGUCGUCGACAGCUUUACCUCUUCCUCUACAUGGAACAACUGCUUUAUUCGACUGGGAAAACGGUGCUUGAGUUUGUCCGAUUCGCUGACGAUGUCGCCGCCAAGGGGAAACUGUCGCGAACUAGACUCAUCAUUCCUGGUUCUAAGCGCAUGAUCAAAUGGGCAAAGAGCUGGCUCAAGGCCGAGGACAGUCAUGAAGAUGAUAACAUGGGCGAUGUACACGCGCAAAACAGCAGCCUUGAGCUUGGUGAGGCAUAUAAACACCGUAAAGACCCUGAGCAUCUCCCGCCUAACACAAUGUUCGAAAAACUCGGUGACAAGGUCCGGGUGAUCCCGUGGUUUUUCCGCUCGUUCGAAUCGACCUACGGGUUCCGAGUCGCAUGUGCAACUAUGACUAUCGCAGUUGUAGCUCUUCUACACGAUACGCAGUCCUUCUUCACCAAACAACGCCUUGUGUGGGCCAUGAUCAUGGUGAAUCUCAGCAUGUCACCAACUUCUGGACAAAGCAUCUUUAGCUUCGUACUACGAAUUGCAGGUACAAGUAUUGCUAUGGUGGCAAGUCUCUUGGUAUGGUAUAUACCCGAUCAAAAGACUCCUGGCGUCAUUGUAUUCCUCUUCAUCUUCGUCUCUUGUGCAUUCUACGUCCCCAUCAAGAUCUUCCGUUUCCGAGUCAUUGGAAUCAUCAGCAUCGUCACUACGACCAUGAUCAUUGGAUACGAGCUCCAAGUCCGCAAGGUGGGUGAGAAAGUUGCAACCUCCAAUGGACAGCCUUACUAUCCGAUCUAUCUGCUGGCGCCGUAUCGUCUGGCCACUGUCAGUGGAGGUAUUGCGGUCGCGUUCCUCUGGACGUUCUUCCCGUAUCCCAUCUCGGAACACUCUGUUCUUCGUCAAAGUCUGGGGGCAUCGUUGUACCUCCUAGCCAACUACUAUUCCAUCAUUCAUGAGACUAUUUCUGCUCGCAUGCGUGGAGACGAGGGAGACAUCACCCUCAAGAGUUCUGCAGGUCGAAAACUGGAGAAGGCUCGACACAAGGUGUUUUCGAAACAGAUGUUGAUGUUGAAUGGUCUUCGAACCUACUCGGAAUUCCUUAAGUGGGAGGUUCCCAUUGGUGGCCGAUUCCCGAAGAAGCAAUACGACUCGAUCAUUGUUUGUGUUGAAAAUAUCGUGAGUUACCUCAGUUUACUCGGAUACGCAUCCGAUACAUUGAUGCGCCUCGGAGACAACGAAGACGACGAGACGGGGUCGGCUUGGAUGCACGACUUCCGACGGCUUGUGGGCACUGCCAAUGUCACCACGCACGAGGUCACAUCCCUGCUGUGUCUCUUGUCAGCUAGUAUCACCAACCGGCAACCUCUCCCUCCGUACCUCAAAGCUCCUCGGCCAUAUAGCUUCUCCAAGCGACUCGAGGCACUCGACAGCGACAUUCUAAGCAUCAAGCACAUCGCCGAGCCCGGCUUUGCAGCAUUCGCAGUGUUGCAGAUUUCAACUCGCUGCAUUGUCGGUGACGUUGAAAGACUGAUGCGGCAUGUAAAAGGUCUAGUUGGAGAAUUGGACUUUUCGUUCCAUGCUGUGAGCACGAUGGAUGCGAGAAUUGCCGAGUCAAGAUAUACCUCGCGUGCGCCGUCGAGAGUUAGUGUCAACGAGAUUCAGGCUGCUGAUCGGGAGAAGAAGGACUAA